CGAUGUGACGUCAUUGUUUACAAUAGACCAAUGUAGCUGUUCUGCUGCAGCUUCUUGUUUAGCGGUUUUAAGCCUUCAAGCGUACAUUUUACCCUUUCCGUGCUAUGUGAACAUGUUGGCCAGUUAUAAUACAAUACUGAUUCUGCACAAAAAAAGUAAUGCCAUAGAAGAAUCAGGCAGACAGUUUUCUUCAUCCAGGAGGAGGAGGAGGAGUUCCCCUCAUAAAAUGGCUACUGAACUUCACCAGACUAUAUUUAUGGCCAAGAAGGAGCGCCACAAAAACCUGUUUCUGAACUACAAAAACCUGAACAUUUUCCCAGUGGAGCUCCUGAAAGAUGAAGGACUGCAGUUUUUGGAGAGAUUGUACAUGAAGAGAAACUCACUCACUACACUGCCGGACAGUCUUGCUCAGAAGCUCCCAAAUCUUGUUGAACUGUACUUGCAUUCAAACAACAUAGUCAUCAUCCCUGAAGCGAUUGGAAACUUGUCCAGACUGCAGUCGUUAGACCUGAGCAAUAACGCCCUCCAGCUCCUCUGUCCAGAGAUAGGUCGACUGAGAUCGUUACGACACCUGAGACUGUCCAACAACCAACUUAAAUGUCUUCCUCCAGAGAUUGGUAAUUUGCAGGACUUGGAGACUCUGGAUGUGGCCAUGAACCAGCUGAUGUCACUACCGGACCGCCUGCACCGGUGCCUCUCCUUACAGAACCUGACGGUGGACCACAACCUGCUGAGCCACGUUCCCCGGCAGCUCUGCUGGCUGCACCGCCUCAACCAGCUCUCCAUGGCAGCAAACAGGCUGACCUUCCUGCCACUCGAUCUGGGCAGAUCGUGGGAGCUGCAGUUUGUGUUUGUGGACAACAACGUGAACCUAAAGGGGCUCCCAUCCUACUUGUACAACAAGGUCAUCGGAUGCAGCGGAUGUGGAGUCUCUUCUUUCGUGCUGGAGCGUGGGGCUCUGAGUGAGGCUCUAGGUGAUGUUCUGGUGAGUCUUCCAGCUGAAGUGAAGGUGAUCGGCUCGCAGACGGAUAACGUGGUUCCUCUGGAGGAACUGGCGAUGAGGACUCUGCACCGCCUCUACCACCACCACCCAUCAGGACUCAGCUUGCUGCCCCCCAUCAGUCUCCCAAAGAGCCUGUUGGACCUGCUGCAGUUCCCUUUAGGUCACUGUCACCGGUGCAGCCAAGCCAUGUUCACCAUCAUCUACCCUAAACUGUUCCCCCUGCGGGACACGGCCCUGGCGGGAGUGCACCGCAGGACAACUGUGAGUUUUGUGGCCUAUUGCUGCUCCAGUCACUGCCUGCGCACCUUCGACCUGCAGGGGUGACGUCGUUCCUCCCUCACAGUCCAGCUGCACUCACGAGGGCGUCAGAUUUCAUCCUAUCAACAGAGAGCGAGCUGUGGAUGUCGUGCCACGCAGCCGAGCAAAUGUUUGUCUGGUCUCCACUCCUCUGAUCAACAUUUCAGCUCUUGGAACUCAAACAACAAAACAAACUCAAAACAACUCACGGUGUUUCUAACUAACCGACAGGAAGCGGGAUUUUCUUAUGCGUUUGUGUUAAGUUUCCGCAUCGUAACCUUAAGUUUCCGCAUCGUAACCAUUUUGAGGGACCAGUGCAGCACUGUGCUCAACCACUAACAGUACUGGACCUGAGGCAACUACAAGAGAGCACUUAUAGAAGCAAACACUUGGAUUAGUGCAUUUAUCCAGCACUUCAUGGAGUCAUGUAUGAAGUAUGUUCAUUUGUAGUGUGCGCUGUUUUACUGAUUACUGAAGGUUUAUUAUUUAAAAGUGUGUUUGUUGUAUUAUUUGCAGCUGUAGGUAUAAAAAGUUGUUACAUUAACCACCAACUGCGGCACUGAAAAUGGAGAAAUCAGAAGAAAUAGACAAUUUGUCACACAAGUCACAGCCGCGGUCACAUUUAUCAAUAAAGAGUUGAGGAUUUGGAUCACAAACCAAACCUCUCCGUUCCUUUUAAA